AUGGAUAUUUCAAGUUCACUUUUAAAAGAAUCCGAAGUUUCUUCUGAAGAACAAGAGAAUGUCUUCAUUUCUAAACAAAUUCAAGCAAAGAAUAGGAAAAAGAAAAAAUCUGGUGGCUUUCAAUCCAUGGCUAUAUUACAUAAAGGAUAUAAAGUUCCAACACCAAUACAACGUAAAACGAUACCAUUGAUCAUGGAUGGAAAAGAUGUUGUUGGAAUGGCAAGAACUGGGUCAGGAAAAACUGCCGCAUUUUUGGUACCAAUGUUAGAAAAACUUAAAGCACAUUCUGCUAAGGUUGGAGCACGAGCAAUUAUAUUAUCACCUUCACGAGAGUUGGCUUCUCAAACUCGAAAAGUAUGUUCAGAGCUUGCUAAAUAUAUGGAUUUGAGAAGUUGCGUAUUUGUUGGUGGUGACAGUUUAGAAGACCAAUUUGAAAUGUUUUCUUCUAAUCCCGAUAUGUGA